ACGAUGGUUUUCGGAUAGAGUCUUGAGGAGCUCAUGAAACUGGCUGCUUGAACUGUUUGCGGCGGGUUUAGAGCUCAGCGGUGCUCUGCGCCUCCCGGAUCCCUGCAAGGAGAAAACUGCAGCAGCACGCAGAUAAAGAACAGCUUUUUUCCUGUUUUCUUUAAAGAAGAGGACUUGUGCUUAAUAUCUACUAUUUUUGCCACCGUUCCCCCCCCACCCCCCCACUCUUAGUUUUCCUCCAGUCAGCAGCAACUCUUCCCCCCCCCCCCGGACGGGACCGUUUCAUGCCCGGAGGAAGAGCGACCUCCCGCGUGGACCCAGCGCCGGCCUCCCGCGCUCCUCCGGCGGGCUCACAAGUAGCAGUACCCGGCUUUUGCUGGGAUGUUUGAGUCGCGUUGUUUGGUGGGGUGAAGGGACCGAGAGAGUGGCCGGAGAGAGCGAGGGGACGGAGGCCGAGAGGACCGGGAGCAUGGCCCUGGUAGUGCUGUCUCUCUGGGCGCUAACGAGUCUCACCUGGGCGGACGUGGUCCAGGUGUCCGCCAACAGGCACUCCGUGUACUGGAACAGCUCCAACAUACAUCUGCGCCGCGAGGGCUACACGAUGCAGGUGAACGUCAACGACUACCUGGACAUCUACUGCCCGCACUACAACGACAGCCAGCGCAUGGUGGGCACGGGCGAGCAGUACGUCCUCUACAUGGUCAGCCACCACGGCUACAGGAACUGCGACACGCAGCUGGGCUUCAAGCGGUGGGAGUGCAACCGGCCCCACUCGCCCCACGCGCCCAUCAAGUUCUCUGAGAAGUUCCAGCGCUACAGCGCCUUCUCGCUGGGCUACGAGUUCCACGUCGGACAGGAGUACUACUACAUCUCCACGCCCACUCAUCACCACGGCCGCAGCUGUCUGAGACUACGAGUGUACGUCUGCUGCGCCACAGCCUCUGACGUGGAUGAAGAGCCGGGGCCGUCAGAGCCAGACUACACGCUCAGACCGGGCCUAAAAAUGGACGAUAUUGAUGAAUUUAACCCUUUUGUUCCCAAGCUGGAGAAGAGCGUCAGCGGAAGCAGCCCAUCCAGAGAUCGCCUUCUCCUCACCGUGUUGAUGCUCUUUCUGGCCAGUCUUUUCAUCUCCUAGCAACGGCCAUCCCAUCAGCGUCACCAUGCCAACUAGCCUUGGGAGGGUGUACAGUAUCAGCGGAUGGGAGAGUUGAGGAGGGGGGAGUCGGGAGGAGAGAGAGGAGAAUUAAGAUACCACAAAUAGAGCAGAAGGCAAGAAGAGCAGGAGAUGAGUUUUCAAAGAUCACAGUGUGUGUGUGUAUAUGUGUGUGUGUGUGUGUGUGUGUGUGGGGGGGGGGGGGGGGGGUGUCUGUGUGUGUUAGAGGGAGUGGAGUUUUGGUGGAGUUGAAAGACCUCCAGGCACCCGGUGACAGACUGUACCGUAUGUUGCAUCAAAGUCAGCCUGUGCAUACAGAUGUGUGUGUGUGUGUGUAUGUGUGUGUGUGUGUGUCUGAACAGGCCUUAGUUUGAGCUUGUUGAAUCAUGCACACCACACAAAACAUUUAUACACCAGGAGAGGCGAGGCUGAAAUCCGAGUGAAAAGAAGAAAAAGCAUCACAUCCACCCACCCAAUUAAAAACCAUUUGAAGACUUUCCCCCGGAUCUGAUUGGCUGAAACACUUCCUUAGCGGUAGUUGCCAUAGUUUCUUGCAACAAGAAUUAAACUGACCUCAAAUGAACUGAAUCAGAUAGAUUUCAUCACAACUGAACUGAAAUUGCCUUUUGUUGUUCUUGUUGUUUGUGUUCGUGUUGUUGUUGUUGUUGUUGUUGUUGAUCUUGAUGUUGGGAACUUGUCCCAGUCCACGGAGGGGGGGGGGGGGUGAUGUCCUGUGUAGGAGACUAGUCAAAGUCUCUGAUGGUUCAUGAACACACCCUGGGACACAGAUAGCUGGAGUCAUCCUGCCCUCAGCGCCGUCUGAAGGCAGCGGGACUGGACGGGUCAGAGCCUCUCAGCCACGAGUCACCCCCUGAAACAAGAGGACGUGGCGUUGCUGUGGAGGAGUCCAAACUGCCAGUGUUCAGUGUUCGUUGCUGUUCUGAGUUGCUGUGUUACUUUCCUGUCCUGCCUUUGAAGUACUCUGCGACUCCUCUGUCAUCUCCGAGGUUAAAGAAGCACACCGUGGCCACGGAGACACUCAGCAACACUGCCCUCCUCGCCGCCCACGCUGGCUGCCGGAGGAGAGCAGGAGGAGCGGGGAGGCGGGUGGAGGAGGAGGAACAGUCCCUCACACAACAGCCCACGGACGGACAAUGAGAUGCUCUCCACGGGCCGCCGCUGGUGGAGCGCUCCACUCGCCGAUCUCAUCGCCCUCCCGUCAGAUGCCAUGUAAACGGUUUCUGGUUCUGAGUGUGUGUGUGUGUGUGUGUGUGUGUGUGUGUGCUUGUGUGCUUGAGUGCUUGACAGAGAAAACAUGUCUGAGUGUGCCACAUGUGUAUGUUUAAGAGCGAGAGAGACUAUUCUAAGUGGUACUAACAGCCUGAAAAAUACAGCCACAGACUGUAUAUCUAAGUAUGAAAAUGCAAAAUCAAAACAAACAAAAAAAUCAAAACACAAACUAAAGCAACAAGUAAUACAACCAAGUGCUUUGGUGGGGAGGUACGACAACUCAAAACUAAAACAACUGUACCAGUCGGGUGCUUCAGAAUAACGUUUCCAUAGCAACUAGCACCUUAUUCACCAUGGUUACCCCACCCUGCCAAAACGAUGGACUCUAGUAGAGCAUGGCUUACCGUAGUAGCUGAUAACAAUGAUGAAGGUGAAGAUGAUUAUAAUGACGACGACGGUGGUGAUGAUGAUGAUGAUGAUGAUGAUGCACUGCGAGCUGGCCAACCAGGUCACGCAGCGGCUCACCCACCGGCGUGUGAGGCGUUCAAGUACUCGUGUAAAUGUCAUAACGAACAAAGAAUGGAAUAACCAAUGUGAAAUUGAAAUUUGCUUGGAUGAAAUGUGAUGUAACAUUUUACAAACUCAAAACUCAGUUUUCUUGUGGUUUUUGUAAUGUGUUUAUCAUUUUGUUGAGUUUACUGUGGUGUACGUUUGGUUAUCUUGAGGGGGAAAGGGGGGUUACAAAUUGGGCGGGUGGAGCCAUAUGUGACCUUGGGCUGCACUCUGAGUCUCAAUGUUGUUGCUCUCAAUUUCUUUGGCUUGUCACCAAUUUAAAGGACAUUUCUCCAAAUUACACACAUGUUGUAAAAUGUCUCCUGUGGCUCUGGAGGGAACUUUUUAAAGAUGGAGGGAAUAACCCUGAUGAUGUCACCUGGAUUGGAGUCUGACCAGUUCAACGAUAUGAUCGUCGUACUUCUUGAAGAGGUUUCGUUUUGGAAAAUCAUGAAUCCCAUUUGUGUGAUAUUUUUAUUCUAAAGGGGCUUCAUUCGAGCAUUAAUGUCGCCGGAUUGAGCUCAUCCAGCGCUUACCGCCGAUGGCGAUGUAGUUUGGGAGCGGUGUGGCUGUCAUUCAACAAAACUUGAAGCAAGAGCUCUCGAGUAAACAACAAAAGCACACAGUGUCAAAUAUCCAAUCUAAUAAAAGUGAUAGCUUUUGUCAACAAGACGAGAGAUUACACAGGUGCGAACACACCUUGUCGUUUGGGGGCAUCGUUGAGAACAUUGAAUUAUGAAGUGAGAACCAACCCAGGUGUAGAUAUGGCUGUUCGUGGGAGGGCCAGUCGGACAUGAUGUGGGUCCUGGUGUGGACUGGGAGGGCUGACGAGCUGCACCACAGGGUGCAUCACUCGCCAAGGAGUUGCACUUAAGGACUGAGACACAAGAGUCAGACAGUGUGUUGUGUGUGCCCGUCUGAAGGUGUGUGUGUGUGUGUGUGUGUGUGUGUGUCAGGGAGAGUAAGAGCUCAUUUCUGUUCAUCACUUCAUAACUGUGUGCAGGCGCGUUGGAGUGAGACAGUCCGUCGUUGUGUGGGCGUGCGAGUGAGUGAGCGAGUGAGUGUGAGUGAGCGGGCGAGUGAGUGAACGACAGCCUUUUUGUUUCUGCUCUUCCCAUGUGCGUACGAGAGACCGUGACCGAUGUUUGUCUGGCAAAAGAAAAAAAAUAGCAUUUAAUAAUGUUGGAAACAACAAUUACAAUCAUGUUUACCUUCGACUGGAAUGACUUUAAAUGAACUUGAAAAUAAAUUGUAAACUGAACAAAGCAUAACAGAGGUAAUAACAAUGAUAACAAAAUAAUAAGCUUACAAAUCUUACUUUUAA